AUGGCCGCUCUUCCAUCCGGCCAGAAGGUCGUCGUAGUCGGUGCUGGGCCUGUAGGUGCCCUGGCUGCAUUGUAUGCUGCGUCCAGAGGUGACGAGGUCGAAGUAUACGAGCUGCGUGGAGAUCUCCGGGACCCAACGACGGUGCCAUUGAAUUUCACCAAGUCCAUCAACUUGGCUCUCUCCGAGCGCGGCAUCAACUCCAUGAAACAGUCGCACCGGAGUGAGCUCAUCGACAAUGUCCUCCGUGAUACCAUUCCCAUGCACGGGCGAAUGAUCCACGGCCGCGACCGAGGACAGCUCUGGGAGGCUGCGCAGGCCUAUGAUGUUCAUGGCCGAGCCAUCAACGCAGUCGACCGAGGCACGUUGAACAACGCCCUCCUCGACGAGCUCGAAAAAACCCCCAACGUCAAGCUCUACUUCAACCACAAGCUCACAGGCGCGGACUUCCGCACCAACAAAGCCUGGUUCGAGCGGCGCAUCCCAGGCGACACACCACAAGCCAAUGCCGCAGGAAUCGCAGGCCGCGUCCCCGAGAUAGAGGUCUCCUUCGACUACCUCCUCGGCGCAGACGGCGCCCACUCCGCCUCCCGCUUCCACAUGAUGAAAUUCGCCCGUGUCGACUACCAGCAGGAGUACAUCGACACGCUGUGGUGCGAGUUCCGUAUCCCGCCGUCCCCCGAGGGCGAGUUCCGCAUCUCGCCGAACCAUCUGCACAUCUGGCCGGGACGAGAGUUCAUGUUCAUUGCGCUCCCCUCGCCCGACAAAUCAUUUACAUGCACGCUCUUUGCGCCGUCGGCGCAAUAUGCCGCGUUGGAAAUGAACCCGCACUCGUUGCAGGCAUUCUUCGACCUGCACUUCCCAGGCGUGUGCCCCGAACUCAUUGAUCCCGACGCUCUGAGCGAGCAGUUCAACCUGAACCCGCACCUCCCGCUCAUCAGCAUAAAGUGUAGCCCGCACCAUUUCGGCGCCAGCGUCGCUAUCCUCGGCGAUGCCGCGCACGCCGUCCUGCCCUUCUACGGCCAGGGCCUGAACGCAGGCCUCGAAGACGUCCGGGUGCUGUUUGAGAUGCUCGACUCUUGCGGCGUCUACGACCCACAGACAGAUGCGCACACUCGAGCCCUCCACCGCCUCGCUGCGUUUCAGGCAUACACGGACCAGCGCUGCGCGGAUACAUACGCCAUCAACGACCUGUCCAAGCAGAAUUACCUCGAGAUGCGCUGGGGUGUCAAGUCGCCGCUGUACAGGCUGCGCAAGUCGGUUGAGGAGUCUGUAGAUCGAUAUUUUCCGUCUGUGGGCUGGCAGACGCAGUAUGCGCGUGUCUCGUUUAGUAACCAGCGCUAUUCCGAUGUUAUUCAGGCUGUGCAGCGGCAGAGCUCGGUGCUGGGGUGGGGGCUGAGCUCGCUGCUUAUUACUGGUCUGGGAGCAGUCUCUGUGCUGAUGUGGAAGUAUCCGCGGUACUUCUCGCCGGUGUGUUUGAUUAGGCAUUCUUUGCACCAUCUUGCGUCUCUUUGGGUUCGGGUGUUUCGACCGAUUUCAUAA